AGUGGGUGCUGGCGAAUCGGUGUUGGCUGAGGCCGGAGGGAUCAGGGUGUGCGUGCUCGUUGCUACUCUCGGCGCGAAAGAUGCCGGGUGUGGCGGUCGCGAGCUCUGCCUCAUCUGAGUCGCAGGAGAAGAAGCCGCUGAAGCCCUGCUGCGCCUGCCCGGAGACCAAGAAGGCGCGCGAUGCAUGCAUUAUUGAGAAAGGAGAAGAGCACUGUGGACACCUAAUUGAGGCCCACAAGGAAUGCAUGAGAGCCCUGGGAUUUAAGAUAUGAAAUGGUGGUCUGCUCUGGGAAUGAAUGAUUGCUGAAAAAUGAAGAUUCAGUAACUUUGGAAGUUCUUUGAUGAACAUUGAUAAAUAAAAAAGUAUUUAUAAUUUAUUUAAAAAAAAAAAAGAAAAAUAUCCCUGAUCAAAAGUC